CAAAAGGAACAAAAAAGAAAAACAAGAAAGAAACAGUUCCCAUCUCUCUCUCUCUCCUCUUUCUCAAGAAAAAAAUGGAUCGGCAAAACUCCGAUGACAUCAUGAAAUUUCUCGACGGCAUGGCUAGCUCCGACGAUGUUUUAUUUGGUUUCCUCGACGAAGGUAACCACUCACCCGAGGAUUAUAACUUCGCCGCCUGCGACGAAUCCGAAGUUGACAACGACACCACCGAUUGUAAUUCCCAAGAGAACAUAAAAUUUUGGCAAGAACAAGAACAGCUUCUCCAGGCGACACUGUAUAGGACAAGUUCAAUUGAGACAAAGAUAAGACAAGCAACCAAGGAAGCGUUAAAAUCUGUAAGAUCAAAGGGUGUGGUGUGUGUCUGUCGGAGACCCGUGACCGACGGUUGCCGUAGCUGUUUACGCAGCGAAGUAUCUCGCCGUCUCCGAGACGCCGGCUAUGAUUGCGUCAUUUCCAAAUCCAAGUGGAGAAGCUCUCAUGAGAUCCCUGCCGGUGAGCAUGAAUAUUUGGAGAUCGUGGACAAAUCGAAGAAAGGCGAGAUCCGGGUGGUGAUCGAGCUAUGUUUUAGGGCGGAGUUUGAGAUGGCGAGAGGCAGCGAAGAGUACAAACGACUCACCGGAAUGUUACCGGAAGUGUACGUCGGGAAAACGGAGAGGCUCAAGUCAUUGAUAAAGAUAUUGUGCACGGCAGCGAAGAAAUGUAUGAAAGACAAGAAGAUGCACUUGGGUCCUUGGAGAAAGCACAAGUACAUGCAAGCCAAGUGGCUCGGAACGUGCGAGAGAAAAUCUGUGUCGCCGGUCUCGGAGACGGAGGAGGAUAGGUUCCCGGAGGCAAAACAGAGGGUUUCUAUGUUGUACUAUGGUCUUCUUGGUGACGGAAUGGGCUGUCCAGCCGCCGUAGCGGUCGUAUGAUUGUGUGUAUAUAUAUAAUAUAGACGUUCGAAUACGAUAAGUAAGUUAGGCGGUGGGAAAUAAAAGUGAAAUGAGUUUCGCUUUGAGGUUUUGAGUGAAACGGUCUCAUCGAUGAUUUUGUGUGUGCCCAAAACAGGGCAACUUUUUUGUCUUUUUUAUGUGUGUUUUUGAUGAAUAAAUUAUAACUAUACGAAGCGGUAUUUUUUAA